GCCUUGGUCUGGGGGCUGUGCUGGCUUUGCUUCUGGGUCUGAAGGGGAGGUAAAGGUGUUAAGGAAGGAGUCAGAGGCCACUUUCCCCAUCUUCACCCUGGGGCAAGGAGAGCAAGGAGCUGUGCAAGGGCAGGGUGGAGAGGAAAGGUGCUUCUGGGGCUGCUUUGAUAGCAGUGCUUAACUAGCUCAUUAACCCUUCCCUCUGCACCACUGACCCUUUGCAAAGCAGGUGAGUGCUAGCACCUGCGCUGUAGAGCUGGCUGCAGACCACAGGAAGAUGGUGAUGAUGGUCAUGCAGAUUGGGUGCUCUGAGUCUCAACCUGCCCUUGAGGGCUGUCAAUCAGCAGGGCUAUAAAUCACCUUGUUAAUUGGAUAGGAGCAGGUGGGGAAAAGGCAGUGCCCUGCCCAGGAAGUGAGGAUGCGGCAGAGGCAAUAGCCGUCGAGUCCCAGAGCCAGCCCAAGUCUCCACUGGAAAAGUUCAUGGUCCGGCUGUGCACGCACCACCAGAAGCAGUUCAUCCGCGUCCUCAACGACAUUUACACUGAAGUGCAGCCCGGCCCAGACGGCCAGCCGGGCCCCGCGCCCGACAGCAUGGACGCCUCCACCUGCAGCUCUGGCUGCGGCCAGCUUCGAAGCCCUGACGCUCAGGAGAAGGGCGCCGCCUGUCCUGAAUUGAAGCCCCCUUCCUCCUCCGACCCCGCACAGGGCCCUCCGAGCCACCCGCACGGGGCCGGGCACGCCCCCAAGCCCCCCGCGGACCUGAAGCCUGCGGACAGGACGGAGAGCUCAGCUGCUGCUUCCAAAAGAGACUGUUCCGAGCAACCCAGCUCAGCCAGCCCAAAGGAAAGCCCUGCUCACGGAUACCUCACCACAUCCAACUCUUCCUCACUGCACUUCCACCCCGCUGCCAAGGGCCCGGAGGGCCCGCCCGUGGGCCACGAGCCUGAGCCGGGUGCCUGGAGAGGCGAGGACAAGGACCCGCUCCCGGGCAAGGCCCUGGGCUGGGCAGCCAGCAUGAAUGGGAGUGAGGACAGCUUGGAGGGCUGCCUGGUGACCCCCAGGAACUCCUCCUUCCGAGCCUUCCCCGAGGAGGCGUGGGACCCGGGGUUCUCGGCCCGGCGCGCCGACAAGGAGAACGCGCUGCAGUGCAGCUCCAAGGCCUCGCUGCACCCAGACCUGGAGGCCAGCGAGCAUGACGCCAGACCAAAGCCAGACCAUCACCUGCACGGCGGCGGCAAGGCGAAGGCCGGCUACCACUUACACCCCGGGGACAAACCUCCUCUGGAGAGCGCCCGUGACGCCUGGCUGCCCGCCGGCAAGGCCUCCCAUGGGCACGCGCGGGCCAAGGCCCCCCCUGCCUCCAUCAAGACAUCCCGGAAGAGCAAGCGGGCCUCGGGGCUGCGCAUCAAUGACUACGACAACCAGUGCGACGUGGUCUACAUCAGCCAGCCCAUUACCGAGUGCCGCUUCGAGAGCCAGCGGGCCGUGGCGCCCCGCAAGACAGCGCGCAAGAGCACGCGGGGCUACUACUUCAACGGGGAGUGCUGCGAGCUGCCCACCGUGCGCACGCUUGCCAAGAGUGCCCGUGCUGCCGAGGACCGGGGCGGCAGCGCGGCCCUGAGAGCAGAUGCCUUGGCCAGCGCGAAGCAGCCAGCCGCCGCCGCGGCGGGGAAGGAUGGGGACAAGCGGGUCUCCCUGAGGCUCCUGGCCAAGGGGGCCCUGCCGGGCAGAGAGACCAAGGAGAGAGCAGCUGAAAGCGAGCCACGCGAGACCCGCACGCUGAAGGUGAGAGACGUGGCGAGUGCCGAGCCGGCACCGGUGCCCCCAGCAGCGCCGGGCUCCGAGUGUGCAGAGACCCCCAGCUCACCGCUGCUCACCAACGGCACCUCUCCCGCCCCGGGCUGCGAGGAGGAUACGUGGCAGCCGCCCAUCGGGGGGGACGGGGACGCUCCCUCACCUGCCAGCGCUGGCUCCUGCGGGGACGUGGGGUCCGAAGCAGCCAGCAGCAGCGUGGCAGGGGACUCUGCUCUCCUCCCCGUCUCGGUAGCUGCUAGCAGCGAGGCAGGUGCACCGUGCUCUGAAGCACAGGCUACUGCAGAGCCCCCCGCCAGCGGGGACCUGGAGCCCCCACCCCUACCCUCACCCUCACCGCCUGCCGCUGCGCAGCCAGCAUCGCCUUCCAGCACGGACCCCGAGCCUCCUGCCAGGGGGGAUGUGGGGCCCUCCACAGAGCUUCCUCCAGAGACCCCCGCUGCUGCGGACCAGGAGCUUCCAGCUGAGCCUCCGGCCAGCCCAGCGGCAGAGCCCCCCACGGCCCCCGCUGCCGGCGUGGGCUGCGAGUCCCCCGUGCAGCCCGCGUCCAGCCCAGCGCCGGAGCCCGAGCUCUCCCCCUCCCCACCGCAUGGUGCCGGUGCCGAGAGCGAGGGUGAUGCUGCUGCCCUGGAAGCCGCCAUCUCUGGGACACCGGGCAGCAGCCCGCAGGCACGGGAGGAGGCCGAGCCAGCCCCCGCAGACCUCGGGGAGAGCCCGGAAGAGGAGCCAGCGCCAAGCGAGAGCCAGCCGGGUGAGGACACCAUCCCAAUGCCGCCCAGCCCCGAGGCCUCGGGGGCAGACGUCAGGGAGCCCGUCUCCCCCUGCGAGAACGCCGACAAGAAGCGGAAGAAAAGCCGGAGGGCCCUCGUGGCCUCCGACCGCUGCCUCCGGAGCCAGCACGCCGCGCCGGGCACCGAGGGCAGCGCCGAGGCUCCAGGUUCCCUCACGUCCCUGCAGCUGCCCUGCCUGCAGAUCAAGCUUUCCAAGAGUCCCGGGGCAAAGCGCUUCAAGAGGGAGGUGCACCUGGCGGGCACGGCGCCCGUGCACUUCCCCAACGACUGCUUCCAUCCCGCGCUGCUCGAGGGCACCGAGAUGGCCACGGAGCUGCCGGCUGGCAAGGAGAACGGCGUCACCACUCGGCAGACCUACAAAAGCCUGCUGGCCAAGGAGGCGGCGGCAGCUGAAGGACAAGGGCCUCUGGGGAAGGGAGCCUCCCCUGCCCCAGGCAGCCCCAGCGUCUCGGGAGACAUGCUGGAGAUCUGCGUGGAGGCCAGUUCGGAUAAGCGGAGCGUCCUCCUCCCGAAGGACAGUGGCCCAGGGGCAGAGGUGGAAGCCAAGCAGCUGGCUGCAGAGCCCCGGGAGGCGGCUGCCGAUGCUGGGCAAGACCCUGAGACCUCCUCAGACGCUGGCAAGGGGCAGCCUGGGGAUCUGGCCAGCAGUUCACCCGCUGGCCCCGGCAGCAGGGGCGGAAGCAAGCACGCUCCAUCCAAGCCCGCAAAGCUGCGCCGGCAGGCCCCACCUUCGUACAACCUUCGGCACACCCCGGUCCCCAGCGAGGCGGCGAAGAAGAGCACCCCAGGGAAGGAGGCUGUGCAAGCCAGUCCCUCGCCACCAAAGGCAGAGGGCAAUGCCAGGGCUGAAGAGUCGCUGGAAGGGGACGUGCCGGGAGAUGGCAAGCCGCGGUUCGUGGAGUGGUGCUCCGAGGAGGAGAACCAGGAGCUCAUCGCCGAGUUCAACACCCACUACCUGAAGGUCCAGAAGGGCUGGAUCCAGCUGGAGAGAGAGGUACAGCCGGCCCCCAAAGCCAAGAACCGGGCCGACAAGCUCAAGGAAAUCUGGAAGAGCAAGAAGCGGACGCGCAAGAGCCGGGGGCCGCUGGAGGGGCAGAAGCUCUCGCCGGUGCAGAUGCUGUUCAUGAAGGCGUUCCAGCUCUCUGACAUCUGCCGCUGGUUCCUGGAGACGACCGAGACCCGCUCCCUCGUCAUCGUCAAGAAGCUGAACACCCGGCUGCCCGGGGAGAUGCCCCCCAUCAAGUCGCCCCUGCAGAAGUUCCCCAUGCCCGGGCCAUACCCCAGCUCCCUGCAAGCCGAGCGCCUGAAGAAGCACCUCAAGAAGUUUCCGGCCACCACGCCUGCCAGGAACAACCCCAAGAACCAGAAGCUGUUGGCCAAGCUGCGGGAAAGCACCGACAGGAUGGAGGCCGAGCCGGACGCCAGUCCCGCCCCGGCACCGCCCGCCGCAGCCCGCUGCGAUGCGGCCAGCGAGCCCCGCAGCACGCCGCCCGCCCCCAGCCUGCCCACGCAGGCCAGCACGCGCAUCCUGCGCAAGUACUCCCAGCUGCGGGGCAAGCUCCGCGCUCAGCACCGGGCGCUGAAGCCCGAGAAGAAGGGGGAUGGCGCCCCGGAGCCCCCCGUCCUGGAGAGCAAGAGCCGGAAGAGCGUGUGCAUCAACCCGCUGAUGUCCCCCAAGCUGGCCUUGCAGGUCAAAGCGGACGCGUUCCCCAAGCCGGCGCCAGCGUACAGGGCGCUGAAGGGGCGCAAGGGGAAGGGGCAGCCCGCGGACGACCCCCCGGCCAAGGCCGACCCGCAGCUGGGCAGGAAGAAGAAGCCGCCGAGCGAGGGCAGCGCUGCCCAGGAGAGGCCUGGCUCCUCCGCCAGAGACCGGCUCCCUGCCAAGAAGGCCGGCAAAGCCAAGCACGUGGAGAUCCCCACCAAGGCGCCCGCCACCAGGAAGCAGGCGGCAGCGGAAAGAAGCAAUAAGCUGGAGAAAAAGGGGCCGCCGAAGGAGAAGAGAGCCCUGAAAAGGCCUCUGGCGAAAAGCCGUCUCUCCGCACACAAGGGCAAGGAGAACGCCAGCAGGCGGGCAGCGCCCGGGCACGAGGGCCUGGCCAGGUCCCCCAAGCAGGGGCCAGGCGGGGAGCCCUCCACCAGGUCCCAGAAGGGGUCCUGCAAGAAGCCCAGCGGUGGGAAAACCCUGACCCGGGCCAUGAAGAAGAGCCAGGAGGGCGCCGGGUCCCAGGGCAAGAGAAAGCUGAGGGCGAAAGGGGACUGUUCGCACAGCAAGCGAACGCGGCUGGACACGAAAUAGCCCCGCGCCGCGGCGGCCGCGACCGCGGCAAGAACUGCUGUACAGUAGCAACCCUGUAUCCCGCAUUAACUAAAGCUGCUUUGAUAAGCUGUAGCAAGCCUGAACAUCCGCAGCGGAAGGAGAAGGCCCCCGGCUUCGGGCAUCGGAGACGCAUCUCGGAGGGAGAGGAGCGCGGCCCGUCUCCGCGGCGGGACGGUUCCCGGGGCUUCCACGCGGAACGGGCAGUUUUAGUUCAAAGCACAGUGCCUUAUUUAUCACUGAAAGAGCCCCCUCCCCCCGCAGUCUGUGCGAUAGGAAGGCUUGCAUUUUAUACUUGAUGCACACGCACUUGUUCUGUAGCAGGAAGGAAACCACCUCCACGCACAUAAAUAGCUUUCGGCCGCCUCUCCGUGGGCCCGCGCGCCCGGCCCGCGCGCCCGUUGGGGCGUUUCAAGCAAAAUCCAAAGCAUCGUCCGGCUGCGAGGCAGGGCAGGUGGGUCCUGGGCCUCGUCUAGACCCUCCCUGGGGCAGGGCAGGGUCCUUGGGGCUCAGCGCGCCACUGGCAGGGGAAGCCUGAUGUGGGGAAGGGGCUCUUGGCACGGGGUCUCGGUCAGCAGCUCCCAGGCCAGAUCCCUCCUGGCUGCCCGUCUCCUGGGACUCUCCCCGACCUGGGCUCUGAGGCCAGGCCGUCUGCGGGCUCUGGAUGUGGCUGGGGUUGAGCGUCUGCUUUUUGUUUCUAAUGAAUUCAUUUCAGGUUCCUUUUUUUAAUAUGCAGAGAGGGGCUGGGUGGGUGGUCCUGCUCGUGCCAGGGUGCUGGGCACAGGGGAGAGGCUGGCUGUCCCCGGCUCUGCAUGCGCUCCGCAGAGCCCGGCACUGUUUAAAGACCAAGCAAUAGUCUCCGCAAGCGACAGCGGAUCCACACCAGAAACCCCGUAGCAAGCCCCAGAAGCGUAUUCCUGCUGCAGCCCCUGGGCGCAGGCGCUACCCUGGGCACGAGCAUCUGCAAAGCUCAUCGAGCCUUGCGUGAGCAUCUGCAGGGCUCCAGCUCUGCUGGGAGCCUAAAGGUGGGAGGGGUUGAGGCUGCGCUGGGGCUGUCUGCACAAGUUUCUAAGCAGGUUUCCUUCCACGGGCCGCCGCCACACUUGAGAUCCCAAGUGCGAAGGGGCCGCAGCUCCCGACCUUUGUAAAUGCUCUGCGUGGAGCUGCUCCGGCUGGCGGUAAACGCGCGCAGGGCUCCCUGUGCACCGAACAGGCCUCCCUCCGUGUGCUGCUGGUGGGCUGGAGGCGCAGCCCGGGUCAUCAUCUCCGCAUCUCGCCUUGUGCAGAGGAUGGGCGAGGGGCCGGAGAGCGUGGCUGGGAUUGGACGUCCCCUUCCUCCGGCCCCUCGCCCGCGGCUGCAAGGCAGACUGUUCCCCUCGCCUAAAAUCAGUGGUGUCUACAAAGCUUUUCCCUGCCCUUCGAAUCAUGCUGGUGUCCGCGGGCUCUGCCUGGGCGGCCCCCUCAAGCCCCUCUGCCGGUAGCUCUGGCUUCGGUGUUUCAGGAGCCCACGAGAGAGCGCUAGGGGUGCGCCGGCAGUGGGGGCACGGGAAUAAUUGCUGGUGGAGGACCGAGCUGAUUGCUCUCGGCUCUGUAUUUACUCUGAACCUUAGGAUCUUGCUCCCGUCUGGGCUGUGCUCAGGAAGAAACGGGGUCUUCUCCUGACCCGCGAGGCCCCACCGACCCCCAGUGAAAUCUCCCGCUGAUGUGCGUGCCCUUGAGAGACUCGGGUGCAUGUGUGCGAGCCAUGUAGCGGUGUCACUCCAAGACCCUGCACCCCCGGGCACGUCCCCCGCGCUGUGCACGCUUCCCUGGAAAGGAGGGUCUGUUCCCUGUGAGGCGUCGCAGCCGCCGGCUGCUGGGCACGGACCAGUCUGGUUUCUCCCCGCGGCCCCGGGGCACAGCUCCGAGAAGGGAGCCACAGUGGGCUUUCCAGACCUCCAGGCACUGCGGGGCCAAGGCCUGAUGCCCCAAGCCAUUGGGCCGGUCAUGCCCCCUGCUCGUGUCCCCCCAGGCAUGGCAGGGUCUGGAAAAGCACGAGGAGAAUUAAAAUCUUCCUCUCGCCCUCCCCAAGGAGCCUGGUGCUCGCAGCCCCUGGCAGGUGCCAGCUCAGGAGCUCGUGCCUUGCCAGGGCCCAUGCUGCCGCGGGCAGAGCCCCGGGGAGUGGUUGGAGCCACGCGGCAAGCCGUUUGCCACCGCAGGUUGCACGGCCGUGACCCUCGUGCAUGUCUCCGGGCAGGGCUGGGGAGGCGCUCGCUGCCCCCCAGGUCUCCCCGCAUGGGGAGAGCUCGUGUGACCCGAGCAGGGAGACCUGGAGCUGCCCGGUGUCGGGGUGGGCCUCGGUGCUGUGCGUGUGGUGGGCGCCGAGUGCAUUUUCCGUGGGAUGGUGGGUGGGAGCGAGCUGGGGCUCUCGCUUCCCAGGCCGAAAGCCAGACCCAUGGUUUGGUUUUAGUUCCUUCGCCCUCUGCCCGCUACUCGUCUCCUUGCCGAGCUGCUCCUUGGCCACGACCUUCGUGGGCCAAGUUCAAGCCUCCUUCCCCUCCCAUCCCACCUCCCUGCCAUGGGCAUUACGUGCCCCCCGCUUGCUGUUCCUGGGACCCACGUGCGUCUCGGGGGGCAAUGCCAUGUCGGCGCCUGCUGCUGCCCCGGGGCUUCCCGAUGCCAGGACCAGCCUCCAGGUGCCAGGCACACUUGACGCCUGUUUUAUCAUCACCAUUUUGGGGGGGCCAGGGCAGGGGCUCUUCAUUUUCUAGCGCGUUCAGAAGACACGCGUGCCAGGCUCGUCCUUCCCCUCACACCGUUCACACCGAUACCUGCGCUGCGGAGCCCGUGGUCCCUUGUCUGUUGGCAGCAACGUGUCCUCCCCCUGCCUCCCUGCUGCCAUCAGCAGCCCUCGGCAGGCGGGGGGCGGCAUGCAUGGUGAUGGGCGCACGGUUGUCCGGCCCCUGAUGCCAGUGCUAUUAGGGAAUUGCCCCGCUGCAGCCCUCCUGGCAGGAGUACAGGCCUCCCGGCAUGGGUAUGGGCUCGCUGCCCUGCAUGUGCCAGUCUCCCCUGGGCCCAUCAGCUCAUCUGGGAAGGGGGUCGUGUGGGUGCAAAUCUCAGGGGAUAGCGGGCAUCCUCCGCUCACACACAUCCCGGUUCAGUCCUGAGCUUGGCGCGGCCGCCCCUCCGCUUCCCUGCGGCUGCUGCUCGCCCCACCUCUCCCUUGGUGGCUGUGAAAUGGAUCCAUCUGUUCUAAGAUGUUCUCAGGAGGCUUCGCGGGUGUUGCGAUCGCCCCUCAGCUUCCCGGCGUCGUGGGCCCGGGGCAGGUCUGGGCCCCGGCGGCCUGGAGACGUGCCCUCCGGCUGUGCGAGGCGGGCGCCCGCCCGGCCUCCCCCCCAUCCUGCUGGUGUUGUAGGCGUCUGUGUGUCCGCGUCCCAGAUCCUCAAUGGAAAUGUGAAUAUCUCCGUCUAUCUAUAUAUAUCGGUGCCGUGUAAUAUAGCGUUGAGUUCGCCAGCCACGCGCUGACCUACCUUUUAAGCUGCCGGCGGGAUCAGGCAUUUUGCGCUCACCACAAACUAAUGUUGUAAAUAGGGUUUUUAUAUUUAUUUCAUGUACUUCCUGCAAGCGGGGGGGUGGGGGUGGGGGUGGUCCCUUGCUGCGGGGCGGGCUUGGUGCCCCCCACCCCGCAGGCUGGCGCGCUGCUGGGGGCUCCGGGUGGUUGGGGUCUGUGUUCAAUAGUGUAGUGAAGUUGGAAGCAUUAAAUGUUUUUGUUUCAUCUCCCCCCCGCCCCGAAGUACAGCCCCUAGGCGGACGCUGUAGUGUCGGCCCCGGCCUGCGUGACCCGGGUGCCGGCAGGGGGUACAGCACCGCAAGCAAUAAGCUUUUUAGGCAUUACAUGUACCCGGGGAGGCUUGGGGAGCUCGCCUGUGACCCUGGCGCCAUGUCGUGGCUUGGGGCACCUGUGAGUCCUUUGCUAGGAGCUGUACGGGCGCCAGGCUGGGGCUGGGCAGGGCAAGGGGGACGCUGGCACUCGGCCGGGCUUUCCCACCGUCUGCUAAAGCCCACACGGGCAUGGGGGUAGCUGCUGCGGCUCUCAGGAAACCCCUCCGCGACUGGCAUAGGACAGCAGUGACGGGCAUGCUGCCGUUAAGACCCCUUCACCCCGUGCUUUCUGUCCGUAACGCUCGGGCAGAGCUGAGCCUGCCCCGGGCUCCCAGCAUGGCUCCGGGCCCCGCACAGCAGCUCUGCAUUCGUAGGACACAUCUAGGAGUUUUAGGGGGCGUUUCUUUUGUAUUUAUACGUGUGUUUGAGUUUUCCCCCCCGCCCCCAGCCCUCUUGGCGCUUGGUGUGGCGCGCGGUCAGCCCCAUCCUGACGGCGCACCCCCGCACCCUCCGCCCUUGGCCGCGUGCCUAGGACCAGACUCGUUGCAUUGGCUGAGUUGCGGGGUGCCCAGCGCCCGCUCCCCGCUGUCCCACGGGCCCCUUGCGCCCCCGCCCGGCCCUCUCCUCCUCCCCCCGGGGCAUGGCCGUAGCCGUGUCCCCUGGAAGGCGUCUGGCAGCUUUGAACGUCUCCGUUCCUUGUUCAUAAUCACUGUCCCCCGCCCCGCGGCGCUGGGCCCGGACCCGGAGACACUGCUCUGAGAAGCCGUCGGGCCACGCUGCCCUGGCUGGUACUGUACGUCUGAGCCCGGCAACGCGCACGGAGGCCGCGCUCGCCGCGCCCGCGUUUCCUUUGUGGGUAGCAGGAGUUGUCGGCGCCUGCCGCGAGGUGUGGGCUGGGCGCGAGGUUGGCAUUAGCUGAUGUUUACAUACCUCACCUGGAGAACCUUGGACCGUGUACAUACGGAAAGAAUAAAGUUAUAUUAAGUUGCUUUAAACCGCCGGCGCGGCUGCAUGUGCCAGGCGACGGCACCCGGCCCCUGCGCCGCGGCACGGCACGGUGGGAGCCUGAGGCCCGUCCGCUCGUGCGGCCAGGACGUGGCUCGGUCACGGGUGCGAGGGCCCGCGGCAGCCGAUGGGUCUCCUCGAGGGUCCCUGCCCCCGGUCGGUUUUCUUUUUGUCCCUCCCUCGUUGAUCUCUGCCCCGGGGCUCCGGAAGGGCCCGACUUUACUGCGGCUUAUUAAACAUUUCUUUGAUAUCA